AUGCCGACGUCACGACCAAUCACCUCUUUCAAGUGCCUCACCUUUGACUGCUACGGCACACUCGUCGACUGGGAGGGCGGCAUCUACAAGUCCCUGUCGCCGCUCGUGCAGCAGCUGCCUGAAUCCCAUCCUCUGCGGAAUGACCGCGCUGCCGUGCUCAAGGCCUUUGUGCGUAACGAGGGCAUCGUCCAGCGCGAGCGCCCGGACGCACUGUACUCGUCUGUUCUAAGCGAUGCAUAUGGCCGCUUAGCCGAGGAACUCGGCGUCAAGUCCAACAAGGAGAACCAGGACGCAUUCGGCAAUGGCGUGGGUGACUGGCCCGCGUACCCAGACAGCGUCGAGGCGCUGCAGCGCCUGAAGCGGCACUACAAGCUUGUCAUCCUCUCCAACGUGGACCGCGAGUCGUUCUCGCGGACACUCAGCCAGCAGCUGGCCGGGGUGGACUUUGACGCUGUGUACACGGCGCAGGAGAUUGGCUCGUACAAGCCUGAUCUGCGCAACUUUGAGUACCUGAUCAAGCAUUGCGAGGAGGACCUGGGCGUCAAGAAGGAGGACAUCAUCCACACGGCGCAGGCGCUGCACCACGACCAUGUGCCGGCCAAGCAGUCGGGGCUCGACAGCGCGUGGAUCGACCGCGGCGUAGAGAUCAAGAGCGUGAUGGGAGGUGAGCUCAAGGACUACAAGGACAAGGUGGACUUUACGUGGCAUUUCCGGAGCAUGGUCUAA